UUUCACGCAACUUUACUGCGUCCGCUCGAGUUCGUCGCACGCGCUACUUCUUCCCCUUCAUCUCGCCCCAUAGGAUCAAACAGCAUCACAACAGGCGCCUAGUGCCACCUACAGGCUUGGAAUGGAAUAGCAUCCAGAACACAGCAGAUAUCGGAGAAACGUGUUCUCUGAUACUCAAGCGACCCGAGACCAGAAGCGGGGGACGGCGGCCGACUCGUCUUCGGUGUCCAAGGAGGAGGACGUCAUCUACUCAGCCGCCGUCCCAUCCAUCAGCUAGUGCGAUGAGAGUCUCCCCUGUGUGCACGUGUAGUCUGUCCUCCUGUCAGGUCUCCAUGGUGAUGGUGGUCAGGUGGCUCGGGUCCUGGGCUGUUCCAUUAGCGUCUGGACACUGCUUGGCAUCCUCCUUAUCAUCUUCUUCAUAUAUUUUAGCCGAGGCUGAGCUGAAGCUGUUUGGCGUAAACCUCCGUUAAACCGCAGACGUCUGUGGGAGAGAAGAGUAAUCUGUCUUUAAACAAGUCCCUAAUCAAUCUAUUAAAGGGGAGGCAGAUGUGACCUGAUGUCAGUCCUCAAGAGGCUCUCAGGACCUCUGACUUGAGUCAGAUUCAGAACUCAAUGUUCUCAGUCAGCGAACAAAACAUUUCACAAUGUUAGAUUUAUUAAACAUCUUCAGAGCACACCAUAGAAAACAAUUUCCAUUUAACAAACACUGUCAUUAAAGAUAGAGAGCGGGGGGGUUGCUACUGAAACUCAACAUUACAUCUGAAUAAACGGAGGUCAGUCAACACCUUCUCCCACACAAACACACAUGUUCUCUAUGUGUUUGUGUCACAUCUGAACAGAAGAAAUAUUUGUAUAAUUUUAAAUAAAUAUAAUUUUACCGUCUGAUAGAAAGUUUCUCAUCUCGUGUGAUUGCCUGCUAAUAAGUCAGGUCAGGAAUAAGUCAGGUCAGGCAUAAGUCCAUAGGGUUAGUGGUUGUGACAGGUAGGGCAUCCAACGUAAAAUUUUGCCAAAUCAGUAUGCGGAUUGACAAGACCACACCGGAUCGGUCGAGGUCCAGGAAACAAUGGCCACCAUGGAUGCUGUGCCCUCACAGGGCACCAAUGGAAACUGUAAAAUCCGCUGUGGCGACACCUGAGAAACGGAAUAAGCCGAAAGAAGAAGAAGGGGAAUAAGUCAGGUCAGUAGUAAAUCAGGUCAGGGAUAAGUCAGGUCAAGAAUCACGUCAGUAGUAAGUCAGAUCAAUAAUAAGUCAGGAAUAAGUCAGGUCAGUAAUAAGUCAAGUCAUUGAUAAGUCAGCUCAGGAAUAACUCAGAUCAGUAAUAAGUCAUAUCAGUAAUAAGUCAUAUCAGUAAUAAGUCAGCUCAGGAAUAAGUCAGAUCAGUAAUAAGUCAUAUCAGUACUAAGUCAAAUCAGUAAUAAGUCAAGUCCGUAAUAAGUCAAAUCAGUUAUAAGUCAAAUCAGUAAUAAGUCAAGUCAGUAAUAAGUCAAAUCAGUUAUAAGUCAAGUCAGUAAUAAGUCAGGUUAGUAAUAAGUCAGGUCAGGAAUAAGCCAGGUCAGUAGUAUGUCAGGUCAGGAAUAAGUCAGGUCAGGAAUAAGCCAGGUCAGGAAUAAAUCAGGUCAGGAAUAAGUCAGGUCAGGAAUAAGCCAGGUCAGUAGUAAAUCAGGUCAGGAUUAAGUCAGGUCAGGAUUAAGUCAGGUCUGGAACAAGUCAGGUCAGGAAUAAGUCAUCUUGUCCCAUUAGGACAAGAUGGCGGCGCGCUGGACGCAGCGGCUACUGUGGUUCCCUGUUCAGUGUCGUGUUUUCUUUGUUAUUUAUACGUUAGUUUUAAGUGUAUUUACAAGUGUAGGUCCUGCGCUCUUCUACAGCCGUCAGGAAGUGUUAAACCUCAGAAGGGAUUACUCACUUCCCUCCACCAUCACGGACAACUCCCCCAUCCAUAUGAUCCCCUCACCGGCCUCGCAGUGGAAACACUGCCCCCUGUCGGCAACGUAAACAGAAGAGGGGGAAACGAGGCGGGCUACAUGCUAAGCUAAGUAGCGCUCCCUUCAGAGUGUCCCUCCCCAGCAUCUUCAUGGCUAAUGUCCAGUCGUUAGCUAACAAAAUGGAGGAGAUAAGACUCCGGCUGUCCUCUCAGGAAAGGCUGCAGAACUGCUGUCUGCUGAUGUUUACGGAGACUUGGCUCAACAGCAACAUGGCGACUCGGCAGUCGAGCUAGCGGGCCGCACAGCCUUCCGUGCCGACAGGACAGCGGACUCCGGCAAGACCCGCGGAGGAGGUAUUUAUGUCAGUAACUCUUGGUGCAACAAUAUAAAGAUGGUUGAAAGGCAUUGCUCUGCUGAUCUGGAGCUGCUUAUGAUUCAGUGCAGGCCUUUUUACCUGCCCAGGGAGCUAACGGCCAUUACCAUCGCCGCUGUAUACAUCCCCCCACAUGCUAAUGCUAAGGUAGCACUGAAGCAGCUACAAUGUGCCAUCAGCAGACAACAGACCCAACACCCGGACAAUGCCUUUAUCAUAGGUGGUGACUUUAAUCAGGCUAACCUCAGGGCUGUACUGCCCAAAUUCCAUCAGCAUGUCUCCUGCCCCACUAGGGGACAAAACACCCUGGACCAUCUCUAUACAAACAUCAAGGACUCAUACAUGGCUACUCCCUGCCCUCAUCUGGGGCAGUCUGACCACCUCUGCCUGUUCCUGGUCCCAGCCUACAAACCCCCAAUAAAACGGGUCAAACCAGCAGUAAAGACAAUCACUGUCCGGCCAGAAGGAGCAGUCUCUGAACUCCAGGACUGUUUUGAAAACACAGACUGGAGUAUUUUUGCACAUUCAGCUACCCAUGGCUCCUAUACAGACAUUAAUGAACAGACAUCUGCCAUGCUAGCCUACAUUAACUUUUGCACUGAGAGUGUCACAACAACAAAAUCAAUCUGCACCUUUCCAAACUAGAAACUGGAUGACCGGUGAGGUCCGGCAGCUGCUGAAAGUAAGGGAUGCAGUGUACAACUCAGGUAACUGUGAGGCCUACAGCGCAGCCAGAUAAAACCUCAAAAAGGGCAUCAGAACAGCCAAACAUACAUAUUCCCUACGAAUAGAGGACCACUUUCACAAUAACUCUGAUCCCCGGCGAAUGUGGCUGUAAUGUUCAUGCUUUGUAACAUGUUUAGUGAUGUUUCUAGUGUUAGUUUUAAUGUUUAUUCUGGUCACAAGGGAGCGCUCUAGGGGGCGCUCUAAGUUAAGUGUUAAGCCCGGAAGUAGCGGAGUGAGAGAGGUGCGUUAGUAUGCCAUGGCUAGCAGAUUCACUAGCAGAUGUACCGUUGUCAUUAUGUAAAUGUUUCACUAAAGCUCCCAAAACGCAGCUUCAUGGUAUUUGAGUUAUUAUUUCAAAACGUUACAGUGGCGACGAGGACUCAAAAUGUUUUUCAACUAACAUGGCUGCUGCAUUGCCGUCGUUCCCUGCCUUUGAUAUAAGUGACCAACAGGACUCAGCUGUCCGGUGGAAGAAGCGGCUACGGCGCUUUGAAAACUUGGUAGUUGCUCUGGGUGUAAAGGAUGACACAAGGAAGCGUGCGACGCUUCUACAUGAUGCAGGGGAAGGCGUACAGGACAUCUUUGAUACCCUGAUUGACACUGGGGGAGCAAAGGACUAUAAACGAGCAAAAGACAAACUGAGUGAGUACUUCUCCCCUAAAAUCAACAUAGCCUACGAGACCUACAAAUUCAGACAAGCCAAGCAACCAGCAGGGGAAACACUCGACUCCUAUCACACCAGGUUGCGGCAAUUAGCAGCAACUUGCGACUUUCCUGGUGUUGAAAGAGAUCAAAACUAUGAUCAUUCAAAUGUGCACAUGUCAUAACCUGCGGCGUCACGCACUACAGAAAUCAGAGAUGACGUUGACCAAACUCCUCUCACGCGGUAGAACCAUGGCACUAGUGGAGAUUCAAGCAUCGGGAAUGGAACAAACACAACAACGUGCAGCUCAAAGUAAUCUAAGGGAAGAUGUUCUGGCAGUAGAUGUGGGGAGGGGAGCUGUAAAGAAAAGAUGCUACAACUGCUCUGGUAUCUUUCCCAACCGUGAAGAUAUGUCGUGCCCGGCACGGGGGGAAACACGCAGAAGCGUUUGGGAAACAAGGACAUUUCGCAAAAUGCUGUCGCUCUCAGCGGCCACAAGGGGGAAUCAGAGGUCGACAUGAAGUGCGUCAUGUGCACACCAGUGGGACCAGUGGCAUCACAUCUCAAGAAACAAGCAACGAAGGCACAUAAUCUUCUGAGAAGUAUCUGUACACAGUCUCAUAAUCAGAAGCAAAACUCCCACAUCCAAAAUAAAGGUUAGUGACUGCAAUGUAAAAGUGAUGCUUGAUACAGGGGCAACUGUGAAUGUUAUCGAUGAAACAACUUACCAGAGACUGAGACAGAAGCUCUCACUCACCAAAUUCAUGGUUCCCAUGUUUCCUUAUGGUUCACGCACACCACUGCCUGCCCUAGGAAAAUUCACCUCACGGGUCGAAUCCAAAUCGCGCUUCACAAAUGCAACAUUCCAUUUGCUACAAGGAAGUAAUGGCAGUCUACUGGGCUAUGACACUGCCAGUCAACUGGGACUAAUCAAAAUCACCAAUGCUCUUCACACAUCUCCACAACAGCCAGAGCAGCCCACAAGAACUUUAACCCAGACAGAAGUGAGGGCAGUGGAUGAUCUCACUGAGUAUGCUGACCUCUUUCAGGGGAAAGGAAAACUGAAUGACUUUUAAGUCAAGUUGCACAUAAAGAGAGAUGUCCCUGCUGUCACACAACCUCACAGAAGAGUACCUUUUCAUGUAAGGAAGCGAAUUGAGGCUGAACUGCAACGUCUAGAAGACCUUGACAUCAUCGAAAAGGUGGAUGGUCCCACUCCCUGGGUCACUCCAAUCGUUCCUGUUCCAAAACCAAAAGACCCGGAAGCAGUGCGCAUUUGUGUGGACAUGAGGAUACCAAAUCAGGCCAUCAAACAGAAACAACAGCUCACACCUACAGUAGAUGAUGUGAUACAAUCACUCAAUGGAGCCAGGUUUUUCUCAAAGCUAGCUUUGAACAGUGGAUAUCAUCAGCUACAACUAGAGACAUCCUCUCGAUAUAUCACAACAUUCUCCACUCAUGUAGGGCUGCGACGUUACAAAAUCCCAUUCAACAAGCCCUGGAUGGCAUCCCAAGGGUAAUCAACCUAAGUGAUGACAUAUUAGUGUUUGGGAAAACAAGAGCUGCCCAUGACCAAGCUCUUGGAGAAACGUUCAGCAACUGAGGGAGAAGAACCUAACUCUCAACAAGGCCAAGUGCUCAUACGCACAAACCACUCUGGACUUCUUUGGAUACACGUUCUCAGAUGGAGGAUUCUCUCCGGAUCCCAAGAAGGUUCAGGCGCUUCACGAUGCUGCUGCUUAGACUAAUGCCAGUGAGGUCCGCAGUCUUCUGGGCAUGGCAAAUUACAGUGCCCGUUUCAUCAAGGAUUUUGCCCCAAUAACCCAACUUACAAAAAAGACUGUUCGUUGGACCUGGGCGGAUAGCACCAGAGGUCUCUUGAUGAGAUGAAACAAAGUCUAACAAGUGAUGCGGUGAUGACCUACUUUGACCCAGAGAGACUAACUGAACUGGUAGUUGAUGCAAGUCCAGUAGGUCUUGUGGCUGUGUUGGCACAAAGGAAUGGCCCAAAUGAACCAGCUAGAGUGAUAAGCUAUGCAAGUAGAGCGCUGUCCCCCAUUGAACAAAAAUACUCACAAACAGAACGGGAAGCACUUGCGAUUGUGUGGGGCUGUGCAGAUUUUCACAUAUACCUUUACGGAGCACCCUUUACACUUAUCAGUGAUCACAAACCGUUGGAAUGGAUUCUCAACAACCCCAAAUCCAAGCCACCUGCUCGUAUAGAGCGCUGGAGUCUAUGUUUGCAGCCUUACAACUACACAGUCCGCUACAAGUUUGGCAAGGACAACCCGGCAGACUAUAUGUCAUGCCACCCUGCACGAGUAUCACAUACUCUCAUGCCAUUUCAGACAAUGAAAGACAAGCGGAAGAAUAUGUCAACUUUGUUACAGCAAAUGCUGUCCAUAAGGCAGUGACACUGAGUGAAAUUCAAGAGGCUACCAAAACUGACCCCACUCUGUGCGAAGUCAUUCGACUCAUCAAAGAAGGCUCAUGGGAGUCCCUGUCCAAAAAACAACAUGUUGCUGACAGAGUGGAUUUUGCUGCUCUAAUGUCAUUCAAGAAAAUCAAAGAUGAACUAACUGUGACCGCUACAGAUGACACUGUGCUAUGAGGCACGAGGAUCGUUGUCCUUCAUUCAUUACAAAUCAGGGCCUUGUCACUGGCACACGAAGGCCGUCAGGGGGUGGUCAAAACUAAGAAGUUGAUCAGAGCGAAAGUCUAGUUCCGUGGCAUUGACAGACAAAUAGAAACCAUGAUAGCUGGCUGCAUUCCAUGCCAGGCUGUUUUGCCUAAUCACAUGCAAGAACCUCUCCGCAUGUUUGAGCUACCAUCGUCACCAUGGGAAAAAGUUGGUGUGGACUUCUGUGGUCCAUUCCCUUCUGGUGAUUACCUUUUGGUGGUCAUAGAUGAAUACUCCAGGUAUCCAGAGGUAGAGGUUCUGCAGUCCAUGUCAGCCAGAGCUACGAUCCCUAAACUCGACAAAAUAUUCUCUACACUGGGAAUUCCACUGGAGGUCAAAACUGACAACGGCCCACCCUUCCAAAGCUCGGAAUAUACAGACUUCGCUACAUACAGGCAUAGGAAGAUAACUCCGAUGUGGCCUCAGGCUAAUGCUGAGGCUGAACGCUUCAUGCGUACCCUUGAAAAGACCAUACGUGCUGCCCACGUUGAAGGACGCCAAUGGAAACAGACUCUGUACGCAUUCCUCCACAACUACCGUGCCACGCCUCACUGCUCAACUAGAAUGGCGCCUGCAGAUGUGCUGUUCGGUAGGCCCCUCAGAAUUAAGCUGCCUGAAUCUCCUCUUCCCUCCCAGUCUCAGGCUGAUGCAAAGCUACGACAAGCAGAUGCAGUGGCAAAGAACAGGAUGAAACACAAUGCUGACAGGAUGCGCCAUGCUGCUCCUUUGGCUGUGAAAGUAGGCGACAGGGUCCUGUGUCAUCAAAAGAGGAAAGGGAAGCUAUGCCCUGCUUACAAUCCCCGCCCAUACAGGAUCAUCGCCAUCAAAGGCUCCAUGGUGACAGCCAAACAUGAUGACCAUGUCAUCACCAGAAACUCAUCCCACUUCAAGAUCCUCCCGGUGGCUGAAAAUCACCACUCUCAGCAAUGUGGGUUGAAAGACAUGGACUGGACCGAAAUCCACCCUGAACAAAUCACAGAGCCCUUAGCCCCUAAGCCCCCUGGGCCACAGUCACCUGUUCAAAGAUACCCAGCGUCAUACCUCACUGACUUUAAGGUGAACUGACUAAAAGGUAUAAUGCAAGAGAAAGUUUGAGUUGGACUGGUUAAUAGUUAUUGUUAAAAAAAAAAGUAAGGAAAGGAGGGUUGUAAUGUCCAUGCUUUGUAACAUGUUUAGUAGUGUUUCUGGUGUUAGUUUUAAUGUUUAUUCUGGUCACGAGGGAGCUCUAAAUUAAGUGUUAAGCCCGGAAGUAGCAGAGUAAGAGAGGUGUGUUAGUAUGCCACGGCUAGCAGAUACACUAGCAGAUGUACCGUUGUCAUUAUGCAAAGGUUUCACUAAAGAUUCCAAAACACAGCUUCAUGGUAUUUGAGUUAUUUCAAAACUUUACAGUGGCAAGGCAUUCAGUCUAUCACAAGACUACAAAAACUCCAAUAGCGGUCCCACUGUCCAUGAUGCCUCCCUGCCAGACGAGCUAAAUCAUUUCUAUGCCCGCUUCGACAAGGACAAUACUGACCCAGCCACAAAAAUCCCCAACCACCCAGAAAACCAGGUGCUCACUCUGUCAGUCGCAGAGGUCAGAGAAUCACUGCACAGAGUGAACACACAGAACGCUGCCGGACCAGACGGCAUAUCGGGUUGGGUCUACCGGGAAUGUGCCGACUAGCUGGCUGAGAUCUUCACAACUAUAUUUAACCUCUCACUGUCCCAAUCCAUAGUCCCGGCAUGCUUUAAGACCACCUCUAUCAUUUCUGUCCCCAAGAAACCAACACCCACAUGUCUGAAUGACUAUCAACCAAUAGCACUCACCCCCAUUGCCAUGAAGUGCUUUGA